AUGUCGUCCUCGUCUUCGGCUGUCGAGGCCAAGGCCUUCCCCGACGGCACUACCGAUUACGUGCCUCUGCGAAACAAAAAGGCAGACCUCAACAAGGUCCAUAUUUCCGAUACUCCUAUGACCUGGUCGAACUGGUAUAAGCAUGUCAACUGGCUGAAUACCACCUUCAUCGUCUUCAUCCCCCUGGCUGGCUUCAUCUCUGCUUACUGGGUCCCUCUUCAACUUUCCACGGCUAUCUUCUCUGUCAUCUAUUACUUCAACACCGGUCUUGGCAUUACUGCUGGUUAUCAUCGUCUUUGGUCUCACACCUCAUACAGAGCCAGCACUCCCCUCAAGAUUUACCUUGCGGCUGUUGGUGCUGGUGCUGUCGAAGGCUCCAUCCGCUGGUGGUCGCGUGGCCACCGAGCUCACCAUCGUUACACCGACACCGAGAAGGACCCCUACUCCGUCCGCAAGGGUCUUCUCUACUCCCACUUGGGAUGGAUGGUCUUUAAGCAGAACCCCAAGCGUGCUGGUCGUACCGAUAUCACUGAUCUCAACGAGGACCCCGUUGUUGUUUGGCAGCACCAGAACUAUCUGAAGUGUGUUAUCUUCAUGGGCCUGGUCUUCCCCACCGUCUUCUGCGGUCUCAUGUUCCAAGACUGGCUUGGUGGUUUCGUCUAUGGUGGCAUUCUGCGUAUCUGCUUCGUCCAGCAGGCUACCUUCUGCGUCAACUCUCUUGCUCACUGGCUCGGCGACCAGCCUUUCGAUGACCGCAACUCUCCCCGCGAUCACUUCAUCACCGCUCUCGUCACCCUUGGUGAGGGCUACCACAACUUCCACCACGAGUUCCCCUCCGAUUACCGAAACGCCAUUGAGUGGUGGCAGUAUGAUCCUACCAAGUGGGCCAUCUACGCCUGGAAGACGCUUGGCCUCGCCUACGAUCUCAAGCAGUUCCGUGCCAACGAAAUCGAGAAGGGCCGUGUCCAGCAGCUGCAGAAGAAGCUCGACCAGAAGCGUGCCACCCUUGACUGGGGUACUCCUCUCGAGCAGCUUCCCGUCAUUAGCUGGGACGACUUCGUCGCCGAGUCCAAGAACGGAAAGGCCCUCGUCGCUGUCGCUGGUGUCAUUCACGAUGUGACCGAUUUCAUCAAGGACCACCCCGGUGGCAAGGCCCUCAUCUCUUCCGCUAUUGGCAAGGACGCCACCUCCAUCUUCAACGGUGGUGUCUACAACCACUCUAAUGCCGCCCACAACCUCCUGUCUACCAUGCGUGUUGGUGUUCUCCGUGGUGGAUGCGAAGUUGAGAUCUGGAAGCGAGCUCAGUUCGAGAACAAGGACGUUACUUAUAUGAACGAUUCUGCUGGUAAGCGAAUUCACCGUGCCGGCAGUCAGGUCACCAAGGUUUCUCAACCCGUGGCCAGCGCUGAUGCCGCCUAA